UGAGGCAGAGGGUGUUAAAUAAGAGCUGGAAAGUCCAGCUUUACGAAAGUCGGACGCGUUUAGAGAGAGAUUAGAGGACAGAAACUCAGUCUGAUCAUGGAGAGAAACUCGGACUGGGUUUAGCUGAAGGUGAGUGUGCACAGUAAAUGAGAAGGCCUUCAUUUGGGGAGAUGAGUACAAGCAUCGGCCCGGUCCCUGUCCUGCCCUCUGCUUUAGAUUCGUACGCCUGGCCCGAUUCUCGUAGUGCUUCCUGGAUCUCCUCCAUCAGCAGACACUCGCCCGUAUGGGGAGCUUUUCCCUCUCUGUCCGACCCGUCAGUUUCCUGUAGCGGCAGAAUGGAGGAGCGGACCCAGGAGGAGCCGGCGGAUCAGGGCGGAUCAGAGUUCCAGACCCAGCUGGAUCAUUUCCGUAAGCUGGGCUUCUCCCAGUCUCAGGUCCGAGCCGCCCUGCUGAAGGUGGGACUGAACACGGACACUAACAGGGUUCUGGCUGAGCUGAUCCAGGCCGGGGGGGAGGCUGAGGACCGGGAGAAGAGCCAGAGUCCCGGAGCUCCGGCGCUGGUGUCUCGUGGAGAGAUCAGCAGGAAGUCCUUCAGCAGCAUUUCUUCACCCACAGAGCAGGAGGAUCCACCCGCCGAGGAGGAGGACGACGCCCUCAGACCUGUAGUGAUUGAUGGCAGCAACGUAGCUAUGAGCCAUGGCAACAAGGAAGUGUUCUCCUGCCUGGGAAUCCAGCUGGCGGUGAGGUACUUCCUGGAGCGAGGUCAUUCAGACGUUACUGUGUUUGUGCCGUCGUGGAGGCGGGAACAGCCCCGGCCGGACGUACCAAUCAGAGAUCAGCAUAUUCUGCGGGAGCUGGAGAAGAGGAAGAUCCUGGUGUUUACUCCAUCACGACGGGUAGCUGGAAAGAGAGUGGUCUGCUAUGACGAUCGCUUCAUCGUCAAGCUAGCGUACGAGUCCGACGGCAUCAUCGUGUCCAACGAUACCUACCGUGACCUGCAGGGGGAGAAACCGGAGUGGAAGCGCUUCAUCGAGGAGAGACUCCUCAUGUACUCCUUUGUUAACGACAAAUUUAUGCCCCCGGAUGAUCCCCUCGGAAGACAUGGACCUAAUCUUGACAACUUUCUUCGCAGAACUCCUCGAGCUCCUAAAAGGCUUCCCUGCCCUUAUGGUAAGAAAUGCACCUACGGCUUCAAGUGCAAGUUCAGCCACCCUGAACGAGCCAAGCAGUCCCAUCGUUCCUUGGCGGAUGAACUGCGAGAGAAGGCCAAGAUGACCCCCUCUCCACACAGAACACAAUCAUCUAGCCAUGGUGCUUCUCUGGAGGAGGUGAUGGAGCAGAAGCUCUCCUUGGAUCUGAAGGGACCUGUUAAGAAAACUCAUUUAAGCGAGAACGUGCCAGUUUUGAAGACUGGACCACAGUCCACUCAGAGGAAGUUCCCUUCAAAGCGUGAACGCUCUGGUCACUACUCCUCGACAAGCUUGGACUCUGUCCAUGCUACUUCUCAGGAGCUCCUGGACUCUGGACUGGGCUCGUAUGAGUACCAGAGCUCUGAGCAUGGCAGCCAAUGCGAUCAAACAUUCAGAGGAGAAAUUCACAGGAAUUCAUCAGGAAAGCAUCACCAGCAUGGCAGUCGGCACCGGACCCCACCGCCCAGCAUCCAACCGUGCAGCUGCUGCUCCUUCCAGUCCAUGAGUUCUGGCACAAGCUACCACCACAACCACCACCACCACCACAGUAUGGACUUAGCUGGACCUCACAACUCACAACAAGGUGUUGUGCCCUACUUUCAGCCUCAAUAUAACUCUUAUGGAGGAGCACCUUCAUACCUACCAGUGAAUAUGCCCCAAUAUAGCCUUCCCCAGGAUUACCACCAUCACCACCACCACCACAGCAGGAUGCCUCCUCCUCAUCCUUCUCAUCCCCAACAUGGCUACUGGUCUGAGCCCUAUGGUGGCUACAACCAUUCCCCUCCUAGCCCCAUGCCGGGUGAGAUUGCUCCAUGGGGUCCAGGGAAACCCAGCCCGGCCAAAGCCAGCCCUGGGAAACCCAACUCUCAAAUGCUGGAGAGAGAGCAGGUUCGUAAGAAGCUUCUGGCAGUUUUUAACACCCAUCUCGUGGACAGAGCCAUGGAUUUGUUCCCCAACGUUAUGGAUCCUCAAAAACUAGCUGUGGAGAUACUCAAUCUGCAGUCCUACGAAGGGGUUUUAUGAGGUUUAUCGACCGCCUUUCGGACUCAUCAAUGCUCCAGGGCCACAGACAAGCUUUCAUGCUUGGUAUUUAUGAGUUAAAUUUUUUUAUGAUAGUGCUGGAAGUGUUGAACUUUAUUGUGUGAGACAGUUGGGAUAGGUAUUAUUUUAUUUUAUUUUAUUGCAUUGCAUGGUUUCGUCUUUUGUCUGUGUCAUCAGAAUUAAAAUAGAACUCUGGUGUGAAAUGGACUUUUGCUGUAGUAAAACAUGAUAAAAAGUACUCUGGUUCUGAGAUGGAGCUACUUUGAGGCUGGAUAGUUGUGUAAAAAGCUAUUUAUCAGGGCAAAUUAUGCCCCGUGUCACCCAGUGUGAAGGGUCUGAAGGGUGUUUGGACAAAUUGUUAAAAUUUCUGGAUCUCUGAACGCUGUGGGAGAGCCGAGGUGUGCUAUUCAUCAAAGGUAAGUACUUUUUAUUAUGUUUUACUAAAACAAAAGUCCAUUUUACACCGGAGUUCUCCUUUAACUGUAUUUUCUGGUAGUGUAUUUGCUUCUGUUCACACAGGACCCCUUCCUGGUAAUCCUGAUAAUGUAUGAGACUGUCCAAAUUGUACAUUACACUAAUUCAAAUAGUCUAAUAGCCAGAUUUACCCGCUGAACAUAAAUUUGAUGUGAAAUCAAUUUACACAUUAAGUAAACCUUUAUUCUAAUUUAUGAGAAUUAGAAAAUGUAUUUAGUUGGACCAAGUGAUAUAGUUUCAAAGUAUUUUUUGGGUUAUAACUUAAAACUUAAAUCUAACUAACAAAGCAUGUAAUGUUUGUCAUGAUAAAUAUAAAUAUCUGUUAACUCAAGGCAACUGUUCACUUUUAGAGACAGGAAAACAAAACAUACUACAGUUUGGGUUGGCAAAGAAUAUCCCAUUACACCCUUUAAAAGGUUACACCCUUUUAAUUGGUUCAAUAACUUUGAUUUGUAUACAGUCCUUCCUUUUUCAUCUCCUAAGCAACAGAAUUACAGAAAUGCACUUUUACAACCUCUACAAGUUGACUUUUGCAGGAAUUAUAUGAGAAAAUAAACACAUUUUCUAUUACCUAAAAUGCAUUUGUAAUGCUAUAUAUAAACUGACAGGGAGGAACCUGGGUGUAGGUGGAAAUUAAAAGCAUACACAUUACAAAAAUAGUUUUUGAACCAACUUAAAUGAUGUUUUUAAAUCAAUUAACAAUGUAACCUUUCUAUUGUACAUGGAAUUGCACUGGCUCUUCAUUUAGCAGCUGUUUCAGUAGUGUCUGAUAAUAUUUUCCAUGAAUAAAUUACUGUUAAUUGUGCACAGCAGAUCUAGUUCAAACUAAUCAUUAAAAUAGCAGGAAAAUAUAACUUUAUUGAAAACCAUCUCAAUAAAACACAGCAAAUAUAACAGAUCAAAUAAACAAUAUGUAGUAUAGAGGGGGAAAGUUUUAUGCUAUCUGUGGGCAGCACAUGGUUUAGGAUAGAUUUUACACCUAAUUCUAAAUUAUAAGUUAAUAUACUGUAUUUAAUAUGGGUUCAUUCAGCUUGUCAGUUGUUUGAUUACGGCUGGGUUGGUGUAUUUGUAUAUUUGUGGUAAGUGUGUUAUUGGUUGCAUUAACCAACAAAAUGUAAUAGUUUUAUUUUUUGUCUGGAUUUUGUUCUCAUGUCUUGCUGCAUUGUUUCUUCAGCACUUUGGCAUACAAUUGUGUUUAUAUGUACCAUAGUAUAACAAUGUUUUUUAUUCCUUAUUUAUUUGUUUCAAAUGUUUACUUAUGUUUAUUUUUUAUUUAGAAUUAUAAUUAUAUAUAUUUUUUACCUGACAACAGUCAUAUCAUUUAUUUUAUUAUCAUUAACAUAUAUCAUUGUACUUAAUGCCUAAUUUUUACCUUUCUCAAUCCAUUCUAUUUAGGUAGUGUUUAUAGUUUAUAUUAUGAGUAUUAAUUAUAGGAUAUAGCUAUUAAGUAGGUCUGUCACAAUAAUGAUUUGUAUUGUACAAUAUUUUGCCCAGAAAUAAUUGUAUUAUAUUUUUAUUAUAUUUUUUGCCACAGAUAAAGGUAAAUAAUAAAAUAACAGCAUAAUAAAUAAAUUAAUCCCUUUUUUAUAGAGCAAUACACUUUUAAAAAUGAAAAUCGAAAUGUAAAAAUGUAAAUAUUGACAGUACCAAUCAAAAGUUUGGACACACCAUAAAUGUAGUAUUUUUUUAUUUGAAAAUGUUCUUCAUUAAUAAUAAGGCCAUCCAAACUAUAAAGAAAAAACAUGGAUUUAUUUAGUAAACAAAAAAAGGGUGGCUUUCAGUUAACAGCUGUGCUGAACUCAUCAAGAGUUAAUUACUUGAAUUUCUUGUCUCUUAAUAAAGUGUUUGAGAGCAUCAGUUAAAGUAAAGUAGUGAAGAGGUAGAGUUACAGGUAUACAGUGAAUAGUGAAUAUUUGAGUAAUGUUCUAAUCCAGGUUUUGAGAAGCAACAACUACUCAACUAAAUAAAGAAAAAAAUUGCUUUAAGAAAACAUUAAGGUCAGUCAAUCCAAAAGACAAUUUUAAGUUAUGUUAUGAUGAAACUGGUUCUCAUCAGGACUUCCCCAGAAAAGGAAGAGCAAGAAUUACCUUUGCUGCAUGGGAUAAGUUCAUUCUGAGUUACCAGCCUCAGAAAGCGCAAGUUAUAUUAGAGUAUUUUGGUUUGUUUAACGCUUUUUUACUACCUUAUGUGUUUAUUCGGACUGGUACUGUAAGUAAAUACAUUGAAAAGACAACCAAAAUACCAGCUAUUUCAUAUACAUAGGCUUUACCAAUUAAAUCAAUUAAUUGAAUAUAGAAGUCAGCUAAAAAUUCUAAGAUUAAGUCCAUAUAUUGUUCAAUAUCGUAAUAAUUGUGACAGACCUACGAUUAUAAUUAUUUUUAUUUAAUAUUCUACUGGAGGUGACAUGUGGAUGCGAUCUGUCGGCACUGUGUGCCUCAAACAGCAGUCCCAAUGCCAAACUACCUAAAGCAGGUAGAGGAGUGUAUGCCCUGUGGGUCUUUUUGUGUAUUUUUUUCCCAUUCAGCUCUCUAAACAGUCUGAUGAUCACUGUGAGCAGUAAUUACCACAAAUAUAAUAGCACAUAAUCACACGUCUAUGCAAAUCAGGGUUCCCAUGACUAGCAGUCAGAAGAACACAAUAGGUACUAAAACCACACCCUGACAGAGUGUCAGUGAGAAAUGGUCAAAUAACCACCUCAGACUGACAGAUGGAGAUUAAGGACUUUUAUUUUAGACUUUGAAAAAUCAUAGUGUGCAGGUUUUGUGUUCAGAGACGAAUGUCGACUGUAAGUCACUUAAGUAAAGGGCGGGGUCUUCUGCUCUUUGUAAAAUGUAAUGCAAUAAAAAUAAACAAUCUUCUUGUACCAAAU